AGAGGGAAGGAAGGCAGCAUAUAGGAACUAGCAGGUGCUUGGAAAUAGGUCAUACUGGGACGGCCAAAAAGCAGCGGAGGAGGAAAAAAAGUCUGUUUGCAUAUAAAUCAAGAAGACAGACGAUAAGUUUUUUAAAUAUUUCUUUCAGCUCUUUUUUUUUCUGAGGACUCACUUUCUUUCCCAGCCUUCUCUUCCUCUGGGGUCCUCUUCCUCAGAUCAUCCUUUCAUUCCUCUUCUUGGACUGCUGUCAUACACAUACACUGCCACUAUGGAAACUGGGAGCCCCAGGAAGAUACAGUUCACCGUCCCCCUUCUGGACACCCACUUGGACCCUGAAGCAGCUGAACAGAUUAGAAGGCGUCGACCAACACCUGCAACUCUUGUGGCAUCCAGUGAUCAGUCAUCGCCAGAAAUCGAUGAAGAUCGUCUGCCUAACCAGUUGUACAAGGCAGCUUUGUUGAACUCUCCUCGUCAGCGGCGGAAAGGACAAAAGGGAACACCCACAAUGAAAGAGCUGCAGUUCCUGGUAGAACAUCACCUGUACAGGCAGCAGCAUGGAGGAGGGGAUGAGUGCUCCUCUGAGAGUUGUCUGUCGGAUCGGCCCAGCCCAGAUUCCAUCCCCGUCGGGGAGGACCUCCCUUGCGAUGACGAGGCCACAGCCGAGGCCUUUGAGAAGCUGCGUUGCCAAAUGGAAGAAUUCUCAAGGGACAGUCACACAGAGGCGGCCGGCGGCGGAUUAGAACUCCCUCUUUCUAAGGAGGAUGAGAAUUGCUCUAGGGUCGUUCCAUCGGAUCCUUCAGUGCAGCUAAGCAACGCACAAGCAGACACAAAAGCGGCAACAUGCACCGCCAGUCAGCCCGCCGACGAGAAGACAAAGAAACUCAACCCGGAGACAGAAAAAUGAACGGAAAGUUCUUUUUUUUUUUUGCAUCACAAUGCUGCUCCUUCGACUCAGCCAGCGCGACACAAUGACAGAGGAUUGUGUGUGCAGAUUCACUUCUUAGCCACAUCAGGACAGUCCUUAGGGCUUUAGUUACCAGCCACAAAAUUUACACAUUUAUACCCCUUUUUUGUGCUUUUAAAACAUUUAGCAUCAUUGUUGAGUUUAUUUUAUAUUAUACAGAAAACUCUGCUGAAAAACUGGUGGUGAGCUAGCUGGUGUGCUAGCAAGUCAACAAGAUAAAACUCACACAACCAUCUUUUACCACAAUGUCAACAUUGGUUUUAUCUCGUGUAUUUAAUCAUACAUUGUCAUCCCAUGUGCCAUGGCUUUCCAUCAAAGCAAUAACAUUGUUUUUGUACCCCGUAAAUUACCAAGAAACUCCCAUUUGAAUCCCCAUCAAUAUUAGAUGCAUUCACACUUCAUGUUAGGGAAUCUGGAUCAAAUAUUAAAAAGAUACUUUGCAUUGCGCAGUUUUUGUGACAUAUCACAUGACAUAACUCAUUAAAUAUGUAUUUUAGUUUAAUAUUUAGCAGUUUUUACUAGCUUAAAUUUUACAAAAAGCUUCCUAACUAUACUUUUUAAGUGUCCCACUUUGGUUCAUUGUUCAACCCUUUGUAUUGAGUUGUGGGCUCCUAUAGAGCAGCUACACACAAUAACCCGCACAGAAAACUGUUUAGAUUUUGCUCCCCGUAGUGAUUGGUCACACGCCCAAAGGGCUUCCUGAACCAUAUAAGGAAGUCCGCCCUUCUGUGACAUCACAAAGGGUCAGUUUUACCACGCCUUUUGAAACCGAGUGUUUUGAGCCAUUCCAAACUUCUUUCAGGGCUUACUUUCAAAUGCAUAAACCUCAUUAUCUGAAACUUGGGCAUCGUUUAACACGAGAAUACAACAUUCUAACUACAUUUAUAGGUCAGAAAAGUGGAAAAAGCGUAAUUCAAAAGAAACUCCGGUUCAUUUGCUUUGCUAGUACUGGUUGUUUGGUUAACUUGGUCAGCAAAAAUCAUACGGAUAUGACAAAUAUGGAACAGAAAAUUAGCUGGAAGUGAUGUCUCUCUGCUCUGAUCUAUUCCUCUGUGUGUGAUGAUGGCACUUUUUGAAAGAAUAUUUGAGAUACUUUUUGUGAAAUUUAAGAUGGUAAAUAUAGCAGAUUAUUGAGUAGGCCAUGGAAGUCAAGUCCUUACUUGAUGGAUAUGUUUAUGCUACAUGCGCAACCUUAAUUCAGGUAUGAGUGCUUUCUUCCAAAAAUCUUCACAGGUCAUAUUAAAAAACACCUUCUUGCAUGGUAAUAUUCAACUUUUUAAAAUAGUACAGCCACUAACACAUUUUCAAUACUAUCAAAGCUCAUACUUUGUGAGUAUUUGUCAUUCAGCAUUCACAGCCCCGCAAAUUUGUGGAUUCUUGGUAAACAUUUCUUCCGAACAUAGAUUGUUUUUUUCCACAGAAAACACAUCUCGUUCACCCUAAAUUGGUAAUCAUUUAUAAAUGCGAUUAACGUACAGCAUAGUACACGUACCACUGUCAAAACUGCCCAAAAUUUUUAAAUUUUUUAUGCUUUAUUGAUAAGCUAUGCCGUUAUUAAACCCAAUUCCAGAUUGUUUUUUCUUCAAGUGUUGCGAUUUCAUAUUUUGUUCAACGGUCAUUGAACACACCAUAGUUGUGACUCAUCUGUUUAUGGAUUAUCUUACAUCCAUUACAUUUUAUACUUUAAAUGCAUUUAUUAAGUGUUGGGAAAGGGAGACUUCUGGAGGCCUGUUUCUUGACAACUUGACAAUUUUCAUUUUUUUUUCCAUUUGGUGGUGGUCCCGUGUAAAAAGCGAGGAUCUACUGUACUGUAGUCACAACAUUAUAAACUCUUAAAGUGGCAUUAUUAUGUAGUGAUGUGACAAUCCUUCCAUAACUCCUUUACACUGUACAUUCUACACAUUGGAGUUUCAGGAGUGAAAUGUAUUUCACAGAUGCCAAAAAAUACUAAUUUAUUCAAACAAAAACAACAAACCACACCAGACAAUGAUAAUGAAAUACAGUCAAACAAAUGUCUGCCAUUUGCUGUUUUUCCUGCUCUGUAUUUAUGGAUUCUGUAUUGUUUGUUCUGUUUAAAUAAUAAAAAUAGUAAUAGUUUUAACUAAAUCCAGGGGAUAGUAGUUCAAAGUUUACUUGAAUUGAUGACUCCAAAAUGUGUUUGAUACAAUAAAAUGUUUAA